CAGUGCUAUACACGUUACGUUAAGGAUCACUUUGAGGUAUGAUGCAGUCGACCCACGGAAUGCUGAUGCUUUUUGCGAGCGGUGCCACCGCACUGCGCCUCUCACGCCGAGGUCUCACUGGCAUUGCUGCAGCAGCUCUGGUCGCACCGAACGCUGCACAGGCGGAAAUGAAAAAACUCAGACCCAUUCAGUUCAUUGCUGCAUUGGGAGACAAAGACGCGUCAUCGGGCAAGGGUGCCCAAGAGUGGGGCCUCUGGCGCCUCGAUCCGGGCCCGCGCGGCGUCCAAUUGGGCGCCUACGAAAACCUCGCCGCGAAGGGCGGCAAGGCUCCCGCGGGCUGGCAAUUCAACGACAAGGCGUGGUGGCUCGAGGAACACGGGCUCAUCAUGGAGGAGCCUGCACCUCUCCCGCCCGGCCGCUACGUCGUUACCGGUGCUCGCAAAGUCACAACCGAACUCACGGUCGCGAAGAACGGCGCCUGGUCCCUGAAGGAAGGCAAGCUCUUCGACGUGACCCACCUCCCGUGCCGGAGCGCCCUCUACACGCCGGGCGGCGGCACAUGCACUCCCGCUCAAGCGAACCGAAAGGACUUCCCCGUGACGCCUGGCGCCGCGAUGCCGGACGUCACUGGCUGCGCGAGGCAGGAUUACGCCGUGCUCUUCGUUCUGGGGGCGGACGACAAGGCCGUCGAAUUGUGA